AUGGCUACCGAAAUUGUUCACUUCGAAUUUUCGCAUCCGCCUAAAAACCCUCUCAAAACCCUAUCGCCAUUCACCAGAGCUCCGGAACUAUCAUCACCUUCUGCAAAAGCUCGCAAAAUGUCUUUACAAUUUUCUCCACAACUCUUUUUGUGCCCUAAUCCGUCGUCUUCAGAGUUGCACGGAAAAUCUACUUCAUACGGCUUAUGGAGAAGCAAAAGCGUGAAAAAAACGCGGCUUGUAGUUAAAGCAGGUGAAAAGAGGAUUGUAUUUGAUAGGAAGUGCAGAGAUGCCUUGCUUUCUGGGGUCAACAAGCUUGCUGAUGCUGUUUCUGUUACACUUGGACCUAAAGGUCUAAAUGUAGUCAUUUCAGAUUCUGAGGGACUUAAAGUGAUAAACGAUGGUGUUACCAUUGCCCGAACUAUAGAGCUUUCUGACUCGAUUGAAAAUGCUGGAGUAGUGUUAGUUCAGGAGGUUGCAACUAAAACAAAUAACUCGGCUGGUGAUGGCACGACCACUGCAAUUGUUUUGGCUCGAGAAAUGAUUAAAUAUGGACUGUUGGCUAUCACUAAUGGGGCUAACCCUGUUGCUUUAAAGAGGGGAAUGGAGAAAACAUUGAAAGAACUGGUCAAUAGGUUGAAAGAACUAAGUUAUGCUGUACAAGGAAAAGAUGACAUCAAAGCUGUAGCUUCAAUAUCUGCAGGAAAUGAUGAAUCGAUUGGACACUUAAUAGCUGAAACCAUAGACAGAAUUGGGCCCGAUGGAGUGAUAUCGAUUGAAUCUUCUUCAUCUUUUCAGACUUAUGUGACAGUUGAUGAUGGAAUGAAGGUUGAUAAAGGAUAUAUGACACCAGGCUUUGCCAAUGAGAAGGACAGAUAUGUACUGGAAUUUGAGAAUGCCAGAAUUCUGAUUACCGAUCAAAAGAUAUCCAAAGUGAGCGAGAUUGUUCCUGUGCUGGAAAAGGCAUCACAAUUGAGUGUCCCCCUUCUGAUUUUUGCCGAGCAUGUAGCAUACACAGUGCUGAAUACUCUAGUUGUGAAUAAAAGAAAAGGCAUGUUGAAUGUUGCUGUCGUGCAAUGUCCAGGGAUAUUAGAGGGAAAGAAAGCCAUCUUGCAAGAUAUUGCACUUAUGACAGGUGGUGAUUUUAUUUCUGGAGAUUUCGGCAUGUCACUAGAAGAUGUAACAUCCGAUCAGCUUGGUAUUGCUCGAAAAGUAUUUAUUACAAGCAAAUCUACCACCAUAGUUGCAGACUCUUCAACCAAACCCGAAAUACAAGCAAGAAUUAUGCAGAUUAAAAAAGAACUUGCCGAGACUGAUAGUAGGUACAUGAAACAAAAAUUGAGCGAGCGUAUAGCAAAGCUCUGUGGUGGGGUGGCUGUAAUUAGGGUUGGGGCCCACACGGAAAUCGAACUCGAAGAACGUAAACUAAGAAUAGAGGAUGCUAAAAAUGCCACUUUUGCUGCCAUGGCCGAAGGCUUGGUGCCUGGAGGUGGAGCCACCUAUAUACAUCUCUCGAAGCAUAUAUCCGUAGUUAAGGCAGCCUUUCAAGAUCCUGACGAGCAGAUUGGAGCAGACAUUGUUGGCAUGGCUCUUCUUGAACCUGCGAGAUUGAUCGCGAAUAAUGCUGGGGUAGAUGGAGAUGUAGUUGUAGAGAAAAUCAAAGAGCGUGAUUUUCGGGUCGGUUACAAUGCAUUGAGUGGGAAUUAUGAAGAUUUAAUGGCUGCUGGGGUCAUUGAUCCUUGCAAGGUGACGAGAUGUGCCCUUCAAAACGCGGUUUCGGUUGCUGGUAUAAUCCUAACCACUCAAGCUGUAUUGGCCCAGAAAAUCAGGGAACCCAAGCCGCCCAUUCCUUCUUAUGUUCCCGGUAUUGAUGUUUAA